GCCAGUCCAUGUCUCUGGGAGACUUUCAGGUUCUGGCGCGGACGGCAACCGACCACCCGUGGACCUGGUAUCCGGCGGUGUUUCUGGCGCCCCGGGUCUUAUGGAAUAAAUAUGCCUACGUUCAGAUCCAAUUAGGUCCUCACUUCGUGGAAAAGUUUGUCAGUGCCGAGGUUGUUCGGUGGACGUGCCGGGACGGGGUGAGUCGCGCUGUCGGGCCGGUGGAUUAUGUUGUGCGGGCGUGCACCCUGCCGCCUGAGUAUGCGACGGGACUUCCGAUUGAGCCGGCGUUGUGGUGUUUGUGGCAGGAAACGAUGUCGAAGCAGGUCGACACCGGGCAUCCCCUUUGUGUGGUAUAUAAGAGCAUGCUGUAUCUUCAGGAUCUGUCACUGACACCAGUACAAAAAAAAGAUUUGAAGCGAAUAAAUGGAUUGGCCAAAGGGAAGAUGGCACGGCGUUUGAAAGCUGGCUGGAUUUACAGCGAAGACCAGUGGAUCCCGCCCAAAAUCCAGUACGGAAAUGGCGUUGCUCGGUAUGCUGCACCGGUACCACCGUUCAAUCAAAGGCGAGCCGCGCUUGUACCGGAAUUGUGGCGCGAGAUUCUCACCUGUUUCUGCACAAACGAGCGCUCCGUCUACCGCCGUGUCAGUCCGCUGUGGAACGCGAUUAUUCAACAUGAAGAGAGUAGCCAAUACCUAACGCUCAACUUCGGCAACCGCGGCCCGGUACUCCGCUCCGUGGGCAUAUGCAUCGUCCACUGUUUAACUGCCGCCACGGAGAUGGUCGUUAUUACUUGCACCGAACAGCGCAGGACGCUAAAUGACCUCAGCGACUGCCUGUGCCUCAUCAGCGCCUUAUACCAACAGCUCGGCUACCGCCCGCGAAGGUUGCAGGUGAUGGUCUACUGCUGUAACUGGAAAGUGAGUAAUAAAUACCUGGUCUCGGAGGGGGAGGUGCUGGGCCUGCUGACCAACACGUGUGCCAACGCGGCGGUCGCCGUUGAGCGCAUCUUCUGGCGCAACUGCAGCUUUGCCGGUAGCGGCGGUGAACAUACCGAGAACACUGUGCUGAGCGAUAUGACGAUCGUCCGCGGCACUAUGAUUGCUAUGCCAACGGCAAUGUGCUUGAAUGGAUGAAUGGUUCUUCUCUCGCGAGCUGGUUGUGUGGAUUAAUGAACUUACUUUUGAAUGUUGUUAUAAUUUAUGUUAAUAAAGUUGCUGUGCAUUUUAGGUGUAGGUAAUGCUGUACCGCGUGCCCUGCCACUACUGCGGGCAACAUGUACAAGUGAUGGAUAGUGGUGGUGGUAGUAUGUACGGUAUUAUGUAGUAAUGCAAU